AUGGCCCUGGAGGGAGCCCUCGGAGUGGUCUUGAAGGCGAUCCUGGGAGUAGUCCUAGGGAUUGCCUACCGGGAACAAGGAACGGCACCAUCGCCGGCCACAAAAGCAAUGAGCUCGGUUGACCGCGACGAAUGUCUGCCCACGGGGGCUUGUCACGCCGACUUUGACAGCGAGUCUGUAAUGCCACAGUUCCACCUUUUCUUUGUAACGCCAGCAGGUUUCAGUGAGCAAAGGAGAGAUUGA